CUGCACAAUCUAGCCGCACAGUUAUGACUGUACCCAAAGGUCAAACCAUAACAUUUCCCACUUCAGGCGAGAACGCAUCUUGCCUUGUACGUUUGAAAACCAUUUCAGGGUUAAAUCAUAACAUACUCCCACUUCAGGAGAAACGUCGCUCA